UUCCUGUGACUGUUGAAUGUUUUGUAAACUGAUCCGAGUUGCACACAGAUGAUUUUUUGGGGGGGACCUGCAGCUGAUCUGCUCGCUCGAUGCACGAUGGUGCAUAUUGUCUUUCGCUUGCAACGCUAACUACAUGAAUAUAGAAAUAAUUACAAAUACCACUUUUACCGUGCUAUAUUUCCCGACAUAAUCAGACGGAAGCAGCUACUUUGGCUAGCAUGACGUAUGCUAACGUAGGUAACUGUGACAAAAACAAAAAGUGACCCGCUUAAUGCUCAGUCAGUCACCACCAUUUGACGUCUUCAUUUUCCAGACCUUUCUCGCAGGUUACACCAGAAAGCCUGCAAAAGGAUGAAUAUUUCUCAACGUCUUAUAUUACAUAAUUAUUAUUGAAAAUACCAGCUCGUCGCGUCAUCGUCUCGGGGGAUUAGUGAUGACAUCGCGUGACAUCUCGUAGGGGAAACAAUUUCAAACACUCCUCCCUCGAAUUUGAUGACAAGGGUGACGCGCAUAAACGAGGGCGAAGUGACAAAAUGAGACAACUGAAUGGACAGUUUUGACUACACUUACGCAACAUGUUUGAACCUCCCGAGACGCUGCUGAAAUAUGAGAACCCAGUUUUAAUCAGUAAAACCACAGAUAAAAAGUGUUCGAAGGGGGGGAAUCCUUUUAAAGUCAGCAACCAACCGCAUGCCGAGUCCCCGGUGCCUCCACCUCCAAAAGCCAAAUCCUCUGCAGCCGAAGCUCCGAGGCAGCAAAAUGAUGACAUACUCAACCUCAUCUUUCCACCCAGGGAAUGGAUGGAGGGAAACCAGCUGUGGGUGCAGCAAGUGUCCAGUGCACCGUGCACACGAGCGGACGUGGUGAACCUCGAGGAGCACCUGGACAGGAAGCUGCAGCAAAGACGGGCCAUAGAGACGGGAAUAUGCCCUGUCCGAAGAGAGCUUUAUACACAGUGCUUUGAUGAGCUGAUCAGGCAGGUAACCAUCAACUGCGCAGAGCGUGGUCACUUGUUGUUGCGGGUCCGAGAUGAGAUCCAGAUGACCAUCGCCGCUUACCAGACCUUUUAUGAGAGCAGCGUGGUUUUUGGCAUGAGGAAAGCUCUGCAGGCUGAACAGGACAAGGUGGACAUGGAGAAAAAAAUAGCCGUGCUGGAGCAGCAGAAAGAGGAGCUGCAGAAAGAGUUGCGUGAUGAAAAGGCCAAAUGUGAUGCCAUUGAAAAGACCGAAGAAGAAAAACACGAGGUCCAGGAAAAGAAAUACACGGAGCAGAUUCAGUUCCUUAAGAGAACCAACCAGCAGCUUAAGGCUCAGCUGGAGGGGGUUGUGACACCAAAAUAACUUCACAGUAGACAUUUUACUACAGAGAAUGUCAGUGAACAAUGUCUUUUUUUAUGAAUGAAAUGUAAUAAUCUAACAUUAAAUGUCUUUUUUUAAAGAA